AUGGCAUCCCUAUGUAUGAAUUCAUCACUACCACUCUCACCAUCCUCUCUUUCUUCUCCUUCUUCGUCUCUUUUGCCGCUUGAUAACACUAACAACAAUCAUAGCCUUAGAACAACUCCGACUACCUUGAAACCUAUUGUUGUUAGUGGAAACCCUCCGACUUUUGUUUCCGCUCCUGGUCGCACUAUUCUCGCUGUUGGUGAUCUUCAUGGAGAUCUUAAGCAAGCUAGAUCUGCACUUGAAAUGGCUGGUGUGUUGAGCUCUGACGGUCAAGACUUGUGGACCGGUGGAGAAAAUGUGUUGAUUCAACUUGGAGAUAUAUUAGAUCGAGGUGAAGAUGAAAUCGCUAUCCUGUCGUUGCUGCGGUCAUUAGAUAGACAGGCAAAAGAAAAUGGCGGAGCUGUGUUUCAGGUAAAUGGAAACCACGAGACAAUGAAUGUGGAAGGGGAUUUCAGAUACGUUGAAUCUGGUGGAUUUGAUGAAUGUAGUGAUUUCAUGGAAUAUAUCAAUAGUUCUGAAGAUGACUGGGAGGAAACAUUUACUGGUUGGGUCGAUGCAUCUGAAAAGCUGAAAGGAGAUCGAACAAUGACUACAAAUCAUUGGGGACCUUGGAAUUUAGUGAAGAGGCAAAAGGGAGUCAUUGCUAGAUCAAUCCUCUUUAGGCCUGGUGGGCCACUGGCAUGUGAGCUUGCAAGACAUGCUGUUGUGCUUAAGGUUAAUGACUGGGUCUUCUGUCACGGCGGCCUUCUUCCUCACCAUGUUGCAUAUGGCUUAGAGCGGAUGAACAAAGAAGUGUCGGAGUGGAUGCGAGAUCCAAAUUUGAUGGACUAUGAAGCUAAUCAGGUAUGUUCCAUUCUCGAGGAAACACUGCAAGCAGUUGGUGCUAAGGCUAUGGUUGUGGGACAUACUCCUCAAACUAUUGGUGUAAAUUGUAAAUACAAUUGUAGCAUAUGGCGCGUAGAUGUUGGAAUGUCCAGUGGAGUCCUUAAUUCGAGACCAGAGGUUCUAGAAAUUAUAGAUGAUAAAGCACGAGUUAUUAGGAGCGAAAGGGAUACAUACAGUGAACUUCAGGCGGCUGCAUAUACUUAA